CGACUGUCCGACGCAUAUACGCGUUGUCUGAUAUAUUUAACGCGCUUGCGUCGGAACGUUCGAAUUUUGAAUUUAAGUAUUUCUCAAAAAUAGAUAGGGUACCUAUUUAUUUUAAUUUUUGUUUUUGGUGAUCUCAGUUUUUUUUUAUAAAUAAUCAUGCCUGAAGUAGACGCGAGCAGGGAGUUGGAGGUGUUUAAAGAUUGGCUACAUAAGCAGCCUCAUUUACCUCAUGAAGUCGAGGAUAUCCUCCUUCUCCGAUUCCUGACCAGCUGCCGAUUCAGUCAGGAGCGAGCCAAGCGUACCAUCGAUCUGUUCUUCACAAUCCGUGCUAAUGCUCCCGACCUGUUCUGCAAACGUGAUCCCUGGUCACCGGAGAUAAAGCGCGUUUUUGAAAUCACGGACAUGUUGCCUCUGCCACAGAGGACAAAGGAGAACUACCAAGUGUUUAUCUACCGUCUGAACAAUCCUAACUUAGACCUUUUCAACUUCGUGGAUGCUGUGAAAACCUUCUUCAUGUUAGCAGACACAAGAAUCACUGAAGACCAUGAGAUUCCGAAAGGAGAGAUUCCAAUUUUUGAUGCGGCUAAUGUCACACUUAAAUUCGUUGGCAAAGUCAAUCUGUCGGCGCUUAGGAAAUAUAUGAUGUACACACAGGAGGCAAUGCCGAUCAGACUAAAGCAGGUGCACGUCAUCAAUGCUCCUUCCUACAUCAGCAAGAUCUACGGGCUCUGCAAGCCAUUCUUGAAGACUGAAGUCGCUAAACUGAUACAGUUCCACGAACCGAACACUGACACGCUAUACAAAGACGUUCCACAGGAGCUUCUACCAACAGAGUUCGGUGGCAAAGCUGGUUCUAUUGAAUCCAUUAAGAGAAUGUGGAUCAAGAAGAUUGAAGCUAAAAGAGAUUGGUUCCUAGCAAACGACAAACUGUGGGCAAUUGAUGAGUCUCGAAGGCCCAAUGGUAACCGUGACGACAGAGCUGAAAAAGUUAAAGAGCUGCCUGGCUCCUUCCGUUCCUUAGCUUUAGAUUGAUGAUGUAAAUAGAACUUUAUUAACCGUCGCACUCAGAGUCAUUUAAUGGUUACCUUAACGCAUCUUUAACAUUUAAGG